AUGAGUCAAGACCCGGACAAUGAAUAUAAACAUCCCCUUAUUUCAGAGGGCAAUUAGUACUAACUAAAUCAGUUUCAAACAGAUAACAACACCCAUUACUCAUCCUUCCAUGAAAGAGACACUGAAAGAUUCAAAGAUGCUAAGAGCCACCAUACGUAUCACCGUGACGAUGACAAUAAUCGAGAUCAAGAUGGUAAGGGUGCCCUUGACGCAGACUUGCUAGAUCAGUUGGUCAACCAGUCCAAACAGAGAAUUGAGGCCACUAAGAUUGAAAAGCAAACAGCCAAAGACCAAGUGCCCUAUAGUAAACUGUUACUAACCUAUGCGGAUAGAACAGACAAAAUAUUGAUGAGCUUAGGAUUCCUAUUUGCUUUUUGCACGGGAGCAGGAAUGCCCAGUCUAGUGUUCCUUUUCGGAGAUAUUGUCAAUGUCUUCUAAGAUGGGAAUGAUCACAGUGUAGUAGAUGCAAUCAAGACUACUGUCAUCACUCUUGCUGUCAUUGGAGUUGUGAUAUGGGCUGCCAGCUAUAUGUACUUUGUUUUCCUAGUAGCCAUGUCUGAGAGAAUCGGAAAGAAGACAAGAGUUAACUACCUCUAGGGUAUAUUAUCUCAAGAUAUAGCCUGGUUCGAUUCCAUUAAUGUGCCUGAACUUUCAGCUAGACUGAGCAAAGAGUGCCAAGCCAUGCAGAGAGCUCUUGGUGAGAAAAUUGGUGCUAUAUUGAUGUCAAUUGGAAUGUGUCUUGCUGGAUUAUUCUUCGCUUUCUUUAGAGGAUGGAUAUUUUCGCUUAUUUUGCUAGCAGCUUUUCCAAUAGUCAUGAUAUUGCUAGGCACUACUGGUAAAGCAAUGCAGAAUGGCUUUAAGUAAAACCUUCAAUCUUAUGGCUAGAGCGCUGGAUAUGCUGAUCAAGCUUUGAAUGCAAUUAAAGUUGUCCAGGCUUUUGGAUAGGAACUCACCGAAAUUAGGAACUAUGAUAAAUACCUUGGUAGAGCCAGGAAAAUGGGUAUCAAGACCCACGCUACAGGAGCCAUUUCUAUUUCAGUACUUCUUUUUGUGAUCUUUGGAUACUAUGGGUAUGCCUUUUACACUGGAAGCUGGUUGGUACAAAAAGAAUACAAUAAUACUAGAAGUGAUGCCCCUUACAACGCUGGUGACAUCAUGUCUUGCUUUUUUGGAGUCGUUUUUGGACUUAUGUCCAUCGGGAUGGCUACACCAAAUGUAAAAGCAAUAGCAGAAGGCAAAGUAGCUGGUAAAAUGGCUUUUGAUAUCAUAGAUAGAGUUCCUAGGAUUCGUAUGGAUGAUCCAUCAUAUGAGAAGGUUGGGGACUUGAAAGGGUAGAUAGAAUUCAGAAAUGUUACGUUCACAUAUCCAUCAAGGCCUGAGUAGAAGGUUCUAGAUAAUUUCUCUGCUGUAUUCGAGGAAGGUAAAACUACUGCUAUUGUUGGGGCUUCAGACUCUGGAAAAAGCACCAUCAUCCAAAUGAUAGAGAGGUUCUAUGACCCUGACCAAGGUUCUGUUAUUGUGGAUGGGAGAAAUCUCAAGAAUCUCAACCUAAGGGAAUUCAGACAUAAGGUAGGCUAUGUAAGUCAAGAGCCAGUCCUAUUUAAUACCUCAAUUAAAGCCAAUCUUCUUUAUUGCAAGCCUGAUGCUACUGAUGAUGAAGUCAUAUAGGCUUUGAAGUCUGCCAAUGCCUACAACUUUAUCAAUGAAAAGAUGGGUAAAGAUGGUAUUUACACCAAUGUUGGCAAUGCUGGUGGGUAGCUUUCUGGUGGAUAAAAAUAAAGAAUCGCCAUUGCUAGAGCCUUCAUUAAGAAACCUAAAAUAUUGCUGCUGGAUGAAGCUACUAGUGCACUUGAUAAGAGAAAUGAAAGAGAGGUCUAGGCAGCUAUUGAUAGAAUUAGAUAAGAAUUAGGGUCUAUUACUACCAUAGUAAUUGCUCACAGACUUUCAACCAUUAAGGAUGCAGAUAAUAUCAUAGUAAUGAGUAAAGGUAAGAUUACAGAAGAAGGAACUCAUCAGACCCUUUUGAUAAAUUAUCCUGAAGGAACUUAUGCCAAAUUCGUCAAAGAGUAGGAGCAAUCAGAAGCCUAAGAUCCUUCUAAUUAGUUUGCUGAAGAAGAAAUUUAAGAGGAUAAUAUUAAUUCAAAGCUUGAGUUAGUCAAAGGACAGUCAAACCUCAGAAAAAGCACUUUGAAGAGAAGAGACUUGGAACUUGAUAAGGUAGAGCUUUAAAUGAAAGACUAGCAGGACUAGAUUGACAAUUAAAAGCAGUAAGAGCUUGAAGCUAUUAAAAAAAAGAACAACCAAUCGAAUAACUUCAAGAGAUUAAUGACAAUGAGUUAUCCAAAGUUCAACAUUGCAGUUGGACUCUUUUCCUCACUAGGAUAAGGUUCAUUGAUGCCAUUAUUUGCCAUAGUUUUGAUGAAAUAGCUUUUCGCAAUGAACAUGUACCCAGGUCAUGGUGCUGAUGCUGUUAGAUCUGACUCUGAUUACUAUUGCAUGCUUAUUCUAGUGAUCUCUAUCUUGUCAUUCUUGUUUGGACUCAUUGGAAAGUUUUCAUUCGGUCUCAUUGGAGAAAAUGUCACUCUGAGGAUAAGACAACUGCUUUACUCAAGAAUACUGUAGAAAUCAAUUGGAUGGUUUGACGAAAAAGAAAACUCACCAGGAGUAAUUUCAGCCUCAAUGGCAAGUGAUGCUUAGACCAUUAAUGGAGCAAGUGCAGAGGGAUUAGCAGUAAUGAUUCAGUCAGGAUUCUCAGUUUUGGCAGGAAUUAUAAUCGGAUUCAUCUAUAACUGGAGAGAAGCUGCAGUCUGUAUUGGUUGUGUACCAUUUACAAUGAUAGGUGGUGCUAUGACUAUUAAACUCCAAAAAGGUUUGAGCGAGGACUCUGAUGCUGCGUCUGGCGAUGCUAACUUACUUGCUGGUGAUGCUAUCUUAAAUUAUAGGACAGUCGCUUCAUUCGGGUAUGAGACCCAAAUAGUAAAAGAUUAUGACUAAUUACUCUAAGGCCCAGUGAAUGUGGCUAUUAAGAAGAGUCAUUCAAUUGGUUUCUUUUUUGGAUUUUCUCAAUUCGUUUAGUAUGGCACUCCAAGUUUACUAUAUUACACAGGUGCAUUAUUCAUAGAUAAUGGAUAUACAAGCUUCUAAGAUGCUGAUAAAAUCUUCACUGCUAUCUUCGCUAUGAUGAUGGGAGCUAUGGCUGCAGGAUAGGCUUAGCAGUUCGGACCUGAUAUGGGCAAAGCCAAACAAGCAGCUCAAAAGAUUUUUGGAGUGAUUGAUAUUCCAUCAGAAAUAAAUGCUGUUGAAUAAACUGAUAACCCUUAAUUGAAAUCAGUUGACUACAACAACUUCAAAGGAGAGAUUGAAUUUAAAGAUGGUCUUAACUUGAAAAUUAAUGCCAAGGAGACAGUAGCUCUUGUUGGUGAAUCAGGUUGUGGGAAAUCCACCACCGUGUCAUUGCUAAUGAGAUUUUAUGAUGUGAACUUUGGCUAAAUUUUGAUUGAUGGGGUUGAUAUCAAAUAAUACAAGUUAAAUGAAUUAAGAAGAGCUAUGGGAUUAGUCAUGUAAGAGCCUACUCUAUUCAACUAUACUAUUUCAGAGAACAUCCUCUACGGAAGUUCAAAUGCAACCAACUCUGAGAUUUAUCAUUCAGCAGAGAUUGCAAAUGCUCUUGAAUUCAUUGAAUCAAAGACAAUAAGCAACGCUUUUGAUGAUAAGGCUGAGAUUUUGUUAAGAGAGCUUAAGAGAAAUGAAACAAUGCUAAGAAGUAAACUUGGUGAUAAGGAGUAUAGUGAUUUAGCAGAACAACUGGCUGAAAUACAAAAAGAAGAAGAAAAGAAGGGAGUCUUCUAAUCUUAAGAAGGAGAUAUUGAUUAAAGAAGUUAGGAAUUAAAAGAUUAGAAUUUGCAUUAAGGAUUUAAUGUUGAUUGUGGUCUUAAAGGCUGUAAACUCUCUGGAGGAUAAAAGCAAAGAAUCGCUAUUGCCAGAGCUAUUAUCAGAAAGCCAAAGAUGCUUAUACUUGAUGAAGCCACUUCAGCUUUGGAUGAGGCAUCUUAAAGAAAAGUUUAAGUUGCUCUUGAUAAUAUCAUGAAAGACAGGACUUCUAUAGUGAUUGCUCACAGACUCAGUACUGUUGAGAAAUGUGAUAGAAUACUUGUACUUGAAAGUGGCAGACUUGUCGAGGAAGGCGGAUUUUAAGAACUAAAGUAAAAGGAUGGUGGUAUAUUUGCUUAGCUAGCUUCGGGCAUGCAAAACAACGCCAAUAAUCAAACCAAAUGA